CAGAACCUACCGAUUAAUGACAGGUGAUCAACCUAUCAUCCACUGUUCCAGCUCCUGCAAGCCCCAUCUAUAUUUAAUACUCAGUUUUCAAUGCGACACCAUCCAAAACCAUCCCCUAAACCACCUUAAUCCACAUCCAAAAAUGGCAGAUCAACAUUCAACUACUACUAGUAGUACCAUCGAUCCUUACGAAGCCUUAAUGGUUGUUCACGAUCCCGAUCAUGAUACCCUGACACGAAAUCUCCCGGUUCUCAUUACUAACGCAACAGAUGAUCCAAAUUCCAAAGACAUACUUUUAAAUGCUCAACACAAUACUUGGAUUCGUAUCUUCAAACCCACAGUUCAAGAUUUACCCGCAACAAAUAAGCUUCCGGUCAUAAUUUAUUACCAUGGUGGUGGGUUCGUUCUUUGCAGCACAUUUUGGACCAUUUAUCAUGAGUACUGCAAAUCCAAGGCAACUACUUUGUCUGCAAUAGUAGCAUCAGUAGAGUAUCGUCUUGCACCGGAAAGUCGAUUGCCGGCUGCAUAUGAUGAUGCUGUUGAUGCUCUAAACUGGGUUAAACACCAAGCUUCCGGAGGUAAACCAAGUGAGCCGUGGUUAAGGGAUUAUGCUGAUUUCAGUAAUUGUUAUAUUAUGGGAGAAAGUGCAGGUGGAAAUAUUGCUUACAACGUUUCUUUAAGAGCAUCAGAAUUGGAUCUUGGCCCUGUGAAUAUUUCUGGGGUUAUACUGAAUCAACCAUUUAUGGGUGGAAUUGAAAGAACGGAUUCUGAACUCAGAUUAAUCAAUGACAAGAUUUUGUCUCUCCCGGUAAGUGACUUGAUGUGGGAAUUGUCUUUGCCGAUUGGGUCUAAUAGAAACCAUCCUUACUGUAAUCUUUUGAUUAACGAAGACGAAGAAUCGUUACGAAAGAAAUGUGGGUUUAUAAAGAAAUGUUUGGUUAUUGGGUGUGAUGGAGAUCCAUUGAUUGACAGACAAGUUGAAUUUGUGAAGCUGUUGGAAGGAAAAGGUGUCAAGGUUGAGACUUUUAUGCAAGAAGGUGGAUAUCAUGGCAUGGUUUACUUUGAGCCUAAAGAACUUGAAAUCAUGUUGGAAAGAGUCAAAGACUUCAUUUUAUCGGGAGCUUCAAGAUUAUAAGGGAAAGCAGCUGUAAACGUAUGCAUUCGGUAUAUAAGAGUUCGUUCGGGUAAUCACAAACCACACAGUUCAAACCUUUACCCAAAUCAUUUAUCAAACAAUGGCUAAAACAGGUUUCGCCUGGGAUAUUGA